CCGUAUUGUGCCCAAGGUUCGUCGGCAGCUGAUCCGGUGCUCGGUGUAGAGGUGGACUGAGUCUUUGUCUUGUCGCGGCCGUGGUUGUUGCGCGGCCGGCCACCAUCCCGGGCAGCUGCCAACACUUCACCCUCGUUUGGUGUUGCAGCCUCGGUAGAAGUAAUGCAAGCCACCUUUGGCUUGGGCUGGGUGCCGCUCGUCGUCGCGKAAGAUCGGUCGGCGUUGCGGGCUUCGAUAUUCAUGAGAAUGAUCCGUGACGCUGUGCUGAAAAGCUUGUCAGAUGUGUCGAGUGUCUCUGCAAUCUGCGUCAGCUCGUUUUGCAGAGCUGGACACGAGCGCUUGAUAAACAAGUGCUUGAUGGCGCGGAAUGCGAGCGGCAGGUCAAGUGUGGAGUCGUCUUUGGAACUCGGUAAUCCAGUCCUGACUGAGCAACGUGUUCUGAUGGAGCUUGUUGAGUUUGUCCAUCGCUUAGAGGUCAGGUGGCUCCACUUGGAAUCGCUUGUGCCAGGCGUCGGUCAACUCCUGCCAAGUGAGCUUGGUGUGCAGUUCCGACACUGCUACGCCGUGGCUGGUCAAGAUGUUGUCCAGCCAUGCUUGACGCACACCACCAGAUCGGUGGUACAAGUACGGAUGUCGAUCGUUGUUCAGGACAUGGUGCAUGUCGAGCCUGAGAGUAAACUGGCGCCACCACGGGAUCGGUUUCGUCUUGGACUGAUCGCAGAAGACGGGAAUGUCAUCCAGCUUGGGUGGGCGCUGGGAGGAUGAGGCGGCGGGCGUCACGGUGGCAGCAGCCUGGACCUGCGUCUCCAACAGCAAGUUCGUUGCUUUCUGCGACGUCC